AUGAUAGUACCGAUCCGAUGUUUCACUUGUGGAAAGGUUAUUGGUAAUUUAUGGAAUAAAUGGUUGGAUAAAUUAUCUAGAGAUAUUCCAGAAGGGCAGGCUCUGGAUGAAUUGGGCCUAUCUAGAUAUUGUUGCCGUAGGAUGAUACUAACCCAUGUUGAUUUGAUUGAUAAAUUACUGGCAUAUAAUAUUUACGAAAAGAGGACUAUUAAUAGUUAA